AUGGGGUAUCUGGAGAGCAAAAAAGAAAACAUCGUCGAGACCACGACUGAGGUCGAGAUCGAUAACAGCGGUUUGAAGGUUGACGGUCUUGUCGAUGAGAACAACAUCCCUAUCCCCGUGAAGGAGAAUGUCUUUGACGAUGACCCAAACUACAAGCCCAGCAGAUUCCUGCGUUUCAUGGGCGUGUUUUGGGAUGCGUUCACUUUGCCUCCUAAGGAGCGGAAAUAUAUCCUCAAGAUCGAUCUGUUUGUGCUCAGUUACGCGCUGUUCUCGUACGGCUUGAAGUCCAUCGACGUGAACAACAUCUCGAACGCCUACGUCAGUGGUAUGAAGGAAGAUCUCAAUCUCUACGGACAAGAGCGUAACCUCUUCACCACCUUCUUCAACGUCGGCUACCUUGUCGGCUCCACUCCCUCCCAGCUCAUCAUCAACCGUGUUCGUCCUUCGAUUUGGAUUCCUAGCUGUGAGAUUGUCUGGUCAUGCGUCGUCAUGUGCAUUGCUGCCGCGCAAAACGCAAAGGCAAUCUACGGUCUUCGUUUCUUACUCGGUCUCUUUGAAUCUUGCUCCUACCCCGGCUUUGCGUACAUCCUCGGAUGCUGGUAUGGUCCCGAGGAACUUGCUAAGCGAAUGGGUGUCUACGAUUUGGCUGGUUACGCCGCGAACAUGUUUGCUGGAUACAUCCAGGCUGGUAUUUUGACGAACCUGGAUGGCGCUGGUGGAUUGGCUGGUUGGAGAUGGAUGUUUAUCAUUGACGGCCUGAUGGGUUUCCCAAUUGCCUUCUGGGGAUACUACUCCGUUCCUGAUUUCCCGAACAACACCCGUGCGCGCUGGCUGUCUGAGCAUGAUAAGGAGGUGGGCAUAAUGAGAAUGAACGCGCUCGGCAAACAGUCGCCAAAGAAACUGACGCCGACGCGGUUCUUCAACAUGUUUUUCCGCUCGUGGCGACCGUGGCCGUUCAUGGUUUCCUACGUGUUGCUGUGGAUCACUGGCACGACGUCGUACUUCAACCUGUGGCUCAAGUCGACCGGUCUGUACACUACCGAGCAGAUAAACAUCAUUCCUACCGGUGGAUACGCACUUGGUAUCGUUACCGGCUUCUGGUUUGCCAACUUGUCUGACCGGACGCAUAUGCGAUUCCCAUGGUUGGUUUUGGCCACUGCCAUCCGAUUCACUGGAUCAGUCAUUCUCUCGGUCUGGAACGUCGGUAUCGGCGGUAUCUACUUUGGCAACCUGUGCGGAUACAUGUCCGAGCCUACAUGGUCGCUGCUGCUUGCCUGGGCUGCCGAGGAGUUUCAGGAUGACGCCGAACUUCGUGGUCUUCUUGCAGCUGUCGGAAACACCAUCGGCGCCUCCUUCAGUAUGUGGACUCCGCUCGUACUCUUCCCCACGCCCAAAGCACCCCACUACCCGAUCGGCUACAAAGUCCUCUGUGGUCUCAACGUGCUCGACUUCUCCGCCUUGUGCGCGUUCUGGUACCUCUCCCGCCGUGAGCACAAGCAGAAAGGUUUGGUUAAGAACUCGUACGGUCUCUGGGUUGCGCGUGACGAGUACCUUGCGCACUUGGAGGAGAUGGAGAAGAAAGGAAAGUUGCUUGACAAGACGCUGUCGCGGCUUUCGUCUGCUUCGGGACCGAGCGGUGACGCUGUUCCUGAGUACAACGAGAAGAGAGAGUACGACGAGACACGUGCUAGUGUGGAGGCGAAGAAUGUUGUAGAUACCGAUGCUGAUGGAAUUACUUCGAUUCCAAAGUAG